AAAGCCAAGGUGAAAUGCCUUCACCAAGGAAAAUCCCCUUGCGAGAGGUGCAUCAAAACGAACAGUCAAGGAUGUGCGCUAACUGAAACGCGCGUACGCUCUGCAACUGUCUCACGAAAACAACAAAAGCGCAAGCGCCCAACGGCAGCGAUCAACAAAGAUAUUGACGAUGUCGAUCGAAACGAUGAUAAUAAUAAUGUUGGCGACAGUGGUAACAACGGCGGCAUAAAUCUGACGUGCCGGACCCAUAGCGAUGCAGUCUCUGAAAGGCGAAACGAGGGCACAGCGGAUGGCAGCUCAGCUAAGAGACAGCGUCAGGUACAACCACAUGAUCAUACUUCAAGAGCUCGCCCUCACUCCGUGAGUUCGUCGUCGCCAUCUCCAGUGUCCGAGAAGGCUGUUACAACCGCCCAAGUCGAGAUCCAUCUCUCUAGCCUAAAGACUAGUACUAUUGUACAAGUAGUCAAAGGCUUCACAUCCAGAUAUCCGGAACUUGCUAUGAUUCACUUGCCCACCCUGCUCAAAGGAUUUGGCGCCUCCCAAGGCGUUCAAGGUCAAAAGUCAUGUCAGCAGGAAUAUCGUGUCUUGAUGGCGGCCAUACUUGCAGCAUAUAUGGCAUCCGGUGAUCGGGCCUCGCAUAAUGAAUUGUACGAACGUAGCGUUUACGAAAGCUACGCUGAAAAACUGCUAUCCAAUAUGGCCUUCACAAGUCCGCAUAUGCUUGUUGCGCAGGCACUUCUUAUCAUAGCACUUCUUAAGGGCAGCUCAUUUGACCUGCAUAAGGCAUGGAUGUAUUGCGGGUCCGCUAUAAGAACGAUGCAAUUUUGUUACGGUGCUCGUCACGCCUCUCUCGGCAACGACUCGCAGGCUAUCAGUUGGGCCGAGAGACACGCUCGUGUCAUUGAGUCAAGAACAUUUUGGUCAUGCUUUAAUGUUAGCAGCAUGAUUGACCUAGGUACUUUGGCCCAGCCUCUUCUGCCGUUUGAGGAACUGGAGCGAAUGGAUCUACUACAUCCGCUCAACAAUUUCGAGUUCGCUUUGAGUAUGGACUCGCCCGCCCCAGUGCCUAGGAUCGCUGCAAGUGGCCCAGGUACCGAAGUCCACUCGUGGAAUGUCAGUGACGGCUUCGAAAUUAUCUCGAGGGGCAUAGUUGUAUGGAGCCAGGCCAUGACAUUCAUACGAAACGAUGGACGUCGAGCUCCCGGAAUGUGCCGUGAAGAAAACUGUCCAUGGUCACCCACAUCACUGUGGUCCUCAAUUUCCGAUAAUCUGGAAAGAUGGAGAGUUCGCCAACACCCAGCUCUUCACUAUCCAACCCAAUCCGUAGCCGCACAUUCUGCCGUGGGAAAUGGGGAAACGUUUUUGUUUGUGAACAUCAUAUAUUACCUGAGCGUCAUUCUUUUACAUCGAGAGUACUUUCCUUUCCUUCCCGUGAACGAGUCCGAACCACGCGGACCCAUCGAAUAUCAGCUGGAGGCUCAAGCACCCCCGGGUUGGUGGCAUUCGAGUGCAUGCCAGCUAUUCAACGCGACUUCCUCGGUGGCCCAUCUUCUUCAAGAGUCGUCAGAAUGUGGCGUUCUGCUCAAUUCGCCAUUCACCGGCUUCUGCGCUUUCAUAGGAGCCUACAUGAACCUUUACGUGACGCAAUUCCCCCAGAUGAACUUGGGUCAAUCUACAAAUUCGAAACAUGAAUUUGAGCUGUGCUACACAUAUCUAAAAGAGUUUCGGAAAACAUGGUUAUUAGGAGAAGGCUGGAUCAAAACAAUACAGAGCGCAUCACUUCUCUAUAACAGGUUCAAUGCGAACGAUAGACGGUGGAUGACUAAGUCGAGCCAGGAUUUCUCCACUCUUCAUCAAAGCAUUCACGAAUUCUUUGGACCCGACAAGUCCCAACAGCACUUGCAGGAAAUUAAUAGGGCUUCCGCCACUUUGCUGGACGCUAUCGACACAUGCUUGGUGGGCAUGGAUCAGGGUACGAUUGAUCAGCCUACAAUGUUCAACUCGCUGUUUUUUAAUCUUAGCGGCGAGUUUGACACGCAUCACUUCUGGCCAAGCUAG